CCGAAACGGGAAGGGAGGGAUGAGGGGAAAGGCGGAGUUGAAGUUCACCGGCCUGGGUUCUGCUGCGGCUGGCCUACCGGGGAAAGAAAGAGCCCGGGCUUCAGAUGGCCUGCUGUACGCAAGUGGGCAGAGACUUGACGAGGCCAAGAGGGAGGAGGCCGCUCCACCCCCUUUCCUUAUGGGUCCUGUGGCCCUUGGCUUUUUCUACGUAGCAUCCUCGUUUGGGAAAAGCCAAGUGAAACGAAAUAGCGACAGGGCUCUGCCAAAUGGAGAGAAGCUUCUCAUUCUCCCUUUGGAAGGACAGCGCUCAGUCACUGACACCCCAGCGAGCAAUAAAGAGCAUAUAGGUAUAUCUGGAGUUUGCUGACAGUAGGAUCUUAUAUGGAGAAGGAACCUUCAGCAAUACAAAUAAAGCUUUUGAUAUAGAGUGACUUUAAACAGGAAUUAUGGCAGCUUUGGAUAAAAUAAAAGCAAAAAAGACUCUGGGAACUGUCGAUUAUGUGGAGUCAUCUGAGUUUGCACAAGGAAUUCUGCCUACAAAGAAGGAUGUCAUUCAAAACAUGUUGUAUUUGUUGCAUCCAAAAAGGGCUGGUCAAGCACAACGAUCCAAAGAAGAUGCUGCCCAGUUGCUUGCUGAACUUUUGCAGGAACAUUGGUUGUUUUGCAAUCUAUAUACCAUAGCAACACAGAGCAUCAAGAAGCAUAUUCUGAAUGUAUAUGAAGAAUUCUCAAAGUUAUACCAAUCCAGAAAACGAAGAAAAAAUGAACUGUUUAUUCAGAAAGCAGAUGAUUUCAAUAGGAGUUCAGAACAGCUUUUUGAUAUAUUUUGUACAGACACUGUUACACGAGAGAAAUUGGAGCAGUACAGUGGUGUUAAGAUGACAGAUACUGAAUGGAAAUUCCUUGAAGAUCAGAGGAAUGAAAGAAAAAUGUACUUUGAGGACUUCAUGGACAAAAAACAAAUGGAAACAAUAGAAAGACGAAGAAAGGUUGAAUCAUUAGAGCAUUUUAGGAAAAUUGCAGAGGAAGAGAAAGAAGCUCGUAAGCGAAAAGAAAUGACUUCAAACAGGGAUGAACACCCAGUUGAAGAUGUUAAUAAGAAUAAAGAUGACUCCUGUCUUGAAUACAACAAAGGAAUUGGAGGGUUUUCAGAUAAAGCAAAAAGAAAGCGUCUGUCUUCUUGUUGGGUAACUGGGACUGCAACUUCAACCACUUACAAUGAAUCGGUUCCUUCUGAAAAUCAGCAUCUACGUAUGAAUAUCAGAAAAGUCAGACCAGGAUUCUAUGAGACUUUUGACAAAUACAAGAACUGCUAGUUUGGUAUCUGAACUCUCUGGAGGAGAGAAUUAACUUAGAUCUUAAAGUACCCAGGUUAUUUGGGAGUUGGUGUAGAUAAUUAUGUUGGGCUCCCUUAUUGUGCAACAGCAGCACCAAAAGGAUUGGUAGAAAUAGUCCAUGGAAAAGAUUAAGAUGAUAGUCAUUUAGUUUUAUAGCAAUAUAUUCACAAAGAGAAAGUAUUAGUUAUGAAAAAACUAUAUCAUUAGCAAAAGAAGUCUGAAGUUCCAAUGCUUAUAAGCUUAAAAAAAUAAAGUAGACAUGAACAGGUUACAUUCCAUGAGAAUAAUGUAUGUAUUUCAACAACUGCAUAGGAAGAUAAUGCUUUAUCCGUUAUGUACAGCAUUUAAAUCAAACUAAAAACCUUUUGCUAAAAACAUAAUACGGAGGUCUGAGAAAGAAAAAAGUGAAGAGUAAAUUAAUUAAAUAAUGUGUUCUAUUCCAGCUCUGCAUCUCUGGAGAUUGGAAGAUCAUAUCCAAUUUAUUAACAUAAGUAACUAAACAUGGCUAUUGAAAGGAACAGAAUUCAUAGUCUGUGUAACAUUGGAAUAUUCAGGAUCACAAUAAACUGCAAACUCAAACCAUGACAACUAAAACUGUGUCCCUUAAGGAAAAAUAAUAAUUGGUCCCAGUGAUUCAUAAAGUGCUGUUACUUUCUAGGGGAAAAAGAAAACAAAUACUUAUCUGACCCUAAGAGACAUAGUAUAUAUAACUUCCAGUUAAUACACUGAGAUUCAAAUGGUUUUAGGUAUUUGCACAAAAAGUAAUUGGUUGCUUAUUUGACCUAGUAGAUAAGUAGUUGCUAAGAGACCCUACACUUUGGCAAACCAAUUCUUGUAGAUAAUUUGAUAGCUUGUUGAAAGAAAACAGGAAUUUUAAACAAUGGCUUUAGAUAUCGGUGUACUGGUGAUAGCUAUCAUUUUUCUGAAUUCUUGGCAAUUAAAUAACUUGGUUGUAAUUAUGUCAAAAAAUAAAAUCUGUAGUUAAAAGUAAGACGUGAAGAUGUGUACACACAAUAUGAUAAAAUAAGGUGCCUAAAAGUUAAAGAAAAAAGUCUCAUAGACUGAUAAUUUUGACUGUAAACUGUGAUGUUUGCAACAACAGAAAUAUCUAGGUACUUAAUCAUACCAACUGACUUUGUAUUUAAGUUGUUGAUUCUUUAAAGUUUUAAAACUUAAAAUAGUUUCAAAUCUUUACCUUAUAAUACUAGAGUAGUCCCAUGGCGAGAUAGACAGCAAAUGAAUUCAAUAAUAUUUUAAUAAUAAUUCUGCAUAAAUUAGGUAGAUUCAUUACACGAGCUGUGGUGGCACAGUGGUUAGAAUGCAGUAUUGCAGGCUAACUCUGCCCGCAGCCAGGAUUCAAACCUGACUGGCUCAAGGUUGACUCAGCCUUCCAUCCUUCCGAGGUCGGUAAAAUGAGGACCCAGAUUGUUGGGGGCAAUAGGCUGACAUUUGCAAACUGUUCAGAGAGUUGUGUAAAGCACUAUGGAGUGAUACAUAAGUCUAAGUGCUAUUGCUAUUACAUAUUUUUGCUUCAUUUCACACAUCUGAAAGCUUUUUUUCUGUAUUUUUAGCAUUGUGUUUUCCAUUUACUCCUUUAUAACAACAUGACUACUAAAAUAAACAGUACACACAUGAAUAUAUGAUUU